AAAGAGGAUUCGUCGCUUUAUACGAAGUUCGCAUAUUUAUAAAGAAGCAAUAAUCAUGCUGUAGAUAGUCUAAUUACAUUUGUGGACAUGAUGCAGACUGGAAAGAUGGCAGAGGCGCCGCUUAAAAAAAGAAUAACAAUUUCCUGUUAUCAAAUGAAAGUUUUCUUGGAAAUAAAUUGCCCUUCAUUCUAUUAAAGGUAACAUAUCUUCCUCAAGAUAUGUCAAAUCUUCAGCAGGAGUAGAGCAGACGAUUAUGCUUUUCUGCUUCGACGGGAAAUAAAUUCCAAGCUGAGUAAGACUAAAGCCAAGCGCGUGAAUGAAGUAGUUGUCGUUUGGAAUAGAUGUUCUCGAGCAAAUAUGACUGCCAACCAAGCAGAAAUCAUGUUCAUACAUUGGAGUUUCGUGAUUUUCAUAUCUGUAAAAAGCUGCUACUCUGAUUCAUCAACUCCAGAAACGUUUUGCGGAAACAAUGAUAUAAUGCCUAUUACAAAUAUCCUUGAUACUACCAUGUUACUGGUAAAUUACGCCAAGAAAUAUGCAAAUGGAUGCAGCGUGGAAGAAUGUUUGCUAAACAAACCAAUGGACUGUGCAGAAAUUCUGGAGAAGUGCAGCUUUGCGAAAACCGGCGUUUAUAACAUAUGGCCUCGAAGUCGAGUGCUUAGAAGCUCGAUUAGUGUUUAUUGUGAUAUGGAUGACGAUGGUGGGGGAUGGACGGUUAUUCAAAGGCGUGGAGAUUUUGACAGUGCUAAAGAUUAUUUUUAUCAGGACUGGAACAGUUACAAAAUAGGUUUUGGAGACCCAAGGAAGGACUACUGGCUAGGUAAUGAUAAUAUUUUUGCUUUGACGAAUCAAAGAGCAAAUGCCUUAAAAUUUACCUUAACAGAUUGGGAGAAAAAUACUACCUAUGCUAGCUAUGAGGAAUUUUGGAUAGAUGAUGAAGGACAUAAUUAUACUUCUCAUCUGAAAGCAUAUAGAGGAACAGCGGGUAAGUAUUAUUAGUUUGAGAAAGUAAGCUUUAGGAAUAAAUUAUGUACAGGUAAUAAAGCUGAAAUUACAUUUUUAUAUAAAGGAAA